AUGCUAAAUUUUCACAAUGUCUGCUGGGUACCCAGCUCCUUUCAGCUCACUGGCAUCCCAGGGCUUGAGUCCCUGCACAUCUGGUUCUCCAUCCCUUUUGGCUCCAUGUACCUAGUAGCAGUGAUGGGGAAUAUGACCAUCUUGGCAGUAGUAAGGGUGGAGCACAGCCUUCACCAGCCCAUGUACUUCUUCCUGUGUAUGUUGGCUGUUAUUGACUUGGUUCUUUCCACUUCUACAAUGCCCAAGUUGCUGGGAAUCUUCUGGUUUGGUGCUGGUGACAUUGGUCUAGAUGCCUGCUUGAUCCAAAUGUUCCUCAUCCACUGCUUUGCCACUGUUGAGUCAGGCAUAUUCCUUGCCAUGGCUUUUGAUCGCUAUGUGGCUAUCUGCAACCCACUACAUCAUACCAUGGUGCUCACUCAUGCAGUGGUGGGUCGUUUGGGACUGGCUGCUUUUCUCCGUGGUGUACUCUACAUUGGACCCCUGCCUCUGAUGAUCCGCCUGCGACUUCCCCUUUAUAAAUCCCGGAUAAUCUCUCACUCCUACUGUGAGCAUAUGGCUGUAGUUACUUUGACAUGUGGUGACAGCAAGGUCAACAAUGUCUAUGGGCUGAGCAUUGGCUUCCUGGUACUUAUCCUGGACUCAGCAGCCAUUGCUGCCUCCUAUGUAAUGAUUUUCAGGGCUGUGAUGGGCCUAGCCACCCCUGAGGCUAGACUUAAAACUCUGGGGACAUGUGGUUCUCAUAUUUGUGCCAUCCUGAUUUUCUAUGUUCCCAUUGCUGUUUCUUCUCUCAUUCACCGAUUUGGUCACCAUGUGUCUCCUCCAAUUCAUACUUUGCUGGCCAACUUCUAUCUUCUCAUUCCUCCAAUCCUCAAUCCUAUUGUCUAUGCUGUCCGUACCAAGCAAAUCCGAGAAAGGCUUCUCCAAAUCCUGAAGAUAGAAAUGAAGAAUAGAUGA